AGUUCCGCCGUGACUGGCGGAUGGUGCGGCGGCAGCUGAGGCUGGCAAACAGCCCUCAGCUUUGCUGUGCAUCAUGCGACUCAAUGCAGCGUUGUGGGCCUUGCUGGCCCUACAUCAAGCCUAUGCGGGGAAAAUGACGGGCUUCAAGUCCGAGAACUCCUUAGAAGCAGGCAAGAUCACGGUUCAGCUGAAAGCUGAAAACUUUGUGAACCCCCAGACCGUGUUCGGGGAGCUGGCGGGCAUCAAGUUGCUGGACCACAAGGGUGCCUGCAUCAACUGCGUCGGUGGAGCAGUUUGCAAGUCACCCAACACUCCUGACUACCAGGUGUCAGAUGCACAGAAGGCCUGCAACACGAAUCCUGUGCCUGGUGACAAGUGGAGUUGGAAGGUGAACAAGUCAUCACCCUACGACAUCAUGCUCGAGUAUCCGUUGGCCAGCUUGAACCAUGAGCUGAAGUUGCAAGUCGAGAUCAUAUCGGCCGUCGACAAGUCAGGCACCAACUCAGAGGAGCAGAAAGGCCGCCAAGUCACUUCUUGGCUCGCUGCGGCGAUUCUGGGGACGGAAACGCACCGGGCCUGGUUGAAAGUUGCAGUGAACCUCAACGGCGAUUUCACCAAAGCCGUCAAGGGAGACCUAGCGGUGGAUGUGCCAAAAUCUGCGGAGGAUCUCUACGAUGAGGUCUGCCUGACGCCGAACGAGACCCAGGGGUACUUGGUCACGGAGACCAGUAUGGCCAGACACAAGUUCAGUGUGGGCGCUGCAUGUGCCACUGACUACACCGGCUCUGCCAAGGUGACCGAGUGUGAGCUUGAUCAGUUGCCAUACAGGCUUUCUGGCUGUCGUGCACAAAAGUGUUCCACGCCGAAAAAGAUGGAAGGCUACGAUGUGAGAGAAACGGAUAUGACGCGCCUUGCGUUCGACGUUUCAGCAGAUUGUGCUCCGGGCUUCUCAGGUUUUGCCAAAGUUACGAAGUGCGCUGGUGAUGGCAAGCCCUACUCGGUCGAGGGCUGCAUGCAAACCACUACCACUACAUCUACCACGACAACUACUACCACAACCACUUCGACGACAACAACUACUUUCACGACCACAACUACUACAACAUCAACCAGCACCACAAGUACUAGUACGACAACAAUUACUACAACGACCACGACGACAAUCACAUCUACAACAACAACCACGGUCACAACCACUACCACUACUACUACCACUUUCACCACAACAACAACCACAACGUCAACCACUACAAUAACAACAACUACCACGAGUACCACCACAAGCACCACCUCAACAUCCACUACAACAACCACGAGUACCGUAACAACUACCACAAUCACAAUUACGACUACGACAACGACGACCUCGACCACCACCAUCGUGUUCUACUGUCGGGAUGCCUCUGAUGCGGAAAAGACUGGCUAUGGCGUUGUUGUGCACACACUCGAGGACAAUGUCGUUGUCUUCAGCGUGAAUGCAUGGUGUGCUGAUGGCUACUAUGGCACUGCCAAAGUCGACAUCUGCGAGACCGAGAACCACCCGUACAAACUCAGUGGAUGCCACAAGAUUGAGACUUGUGAGACGCCCGAGACUAUGGGAUAUGCUUUGACUGUUGGCAGCCGCAACCUGCACGACUGGAAUAUGACGGUGGAGUGUGACAAGAAUUGGCACGGCCACGCUAAGGCACAACCCUGCAAAGCACAUGGCGAGAUGUUUCAGCUGACGGGCUGCGAGCCAGACAAAUGCUUCAUUCCCACAGACACCACGGGAUAUAUUGUCAACGAGGAUAAGACAGAAAUCUACCGCUUCAGUGUGGAGACCAAAUGCGCUGAUGGCUAUACUGGAGAUGCGAAAGCAACUGCGUGCGACCUGCACACCGGUGACUACCAUUUGUCAGGAUGCGAAAAGACCACAACCACUACAACUACCACAACAUCGACGACGACAUCAACUUCUACGACAACAUCAACUACCACCACAACCACUAUCACAACAACGAGCACUACCACUACCACCUCGACGAUCACCACUACCACCACGACAUCAACAACAACCACGACUUCUACAACUACGACCACCACCACCACAAGUACGACCACUACGACGACAUCGACCUCAACAACAACUACAACUUCAACUACUACAAGCACAACAACUACAAGCACGUCAACAACAACUGUCACCAGCACCACUACGACUACUACGUCCACCACAACCUCCACUACAACCACAUCGACUUCAACAACGACAGCUACGUCAACCUCUACUACAACCACAAGCACAACAACAUCGACAACCACCACUUCAACCACAACCUCCACUACCACUACAACCUCGACCACAACAUCUACAACUAUCACCACAACCUCUACCACCACCACUACAACUUUCACAACCACAACAACCACCACGUCAACAACUACGACGACGUCUACUACCACUAUCACCACGACUUCAACAACAACUACCACUACGACCUCCACAACCACCAGCACCACAACCACAAGCACCACCACCACGACCACCACAACCUCAACAAGUACGACAACUACCACGACAACUUCGACCAUCACAACUACUACCACCACAAGCACAACAACUACAACCACUACAACUAGUACUUCUACGACAACCACGACCAGCACUACUACCACUGUUGCCGAAUGCACAGUGCCAUCUGAAACCAAAGGUUAUGUCAUCACCACCAACAGCAUUUACAUAUACAAUUUCGACGUGACUGCGAAGUGUCAUGACAACUACCUGGGCACACCACAAGUAGAGGUCUGCGCCAAGCACGGCGAGCCAUACAAGCUGACUGGCUGCAGAAUCAAGAUGUGCACAGCCCCGAAAGACACAAAUGGCUAUAGCGUGGAAGAGAAAUCACUGGCGAUCCACAGCUUUUUCGUCACUGCAAGGUGCGCAACGGAUUGGUUUGGCACGGCAGAGGUGAAGCCAUGCACAGAGCCGGAUGGCUUGUACGAGCUCGUGGGUUGCAAAGACAAGCAGUUCUGCAACGCCCCAGCUGACUCCACUGGGUAUGCGGUCAGAGAGACCAACUUGGAUCCUCUCAAGUUUGACGUCACAGCCACGUGCACGACGGGCUAUAUUGGCACGCCUUCUGCCGUUCCCUGCACCGCUGACGUGCAGCCAUAUUCUCUGAAGGGCUGCAAGCUGGACACGCGCACUUGCAAGGCGCCAGUCUCCACCAUAGGCUAUUCAGUGGGCGAGCAUGACCUGGUGGUUAGUACCUUCAACGUUUCUGCCAAGUGUGCACAGGACUACAUUGGUACUGCUACAGUCACCGAGUGCACUGCGGACAAAGGGUUUUAUUCCCUUUCAGGUUGUGUGCCAAAGAAGUUCUGUCGCGCUCCGGCAGAUACUACUGGCUACAAGGUUGCGGAGUCGCAAUUGCUGAUCGCCUACUUUGAUGUGAAAGCGUCCUGCGCACCUGGCUACCUGGGCACAGCUGCAGUUUCUCCUUGUGGGGAGAAUGACAAGCCGUACAUCGUGGCAGGGUGCGAGCUGGAUACCAACCCCUGCUCGGCUCCCAGCAACACCUUGGGCUACACGGUGCACGAGCACGAUCUUAUUCGUGGCACCUUCGACGUCAGGG